GGAAAACUCCCGUCAUUCGUUGUUAAACAAUACACGAACUCGGUCGCUUGUUGGUUUUUGUGUGUGCAGUGCAUUCAUAAAUCCAAAAAAUAGUUUUAAUUAAAUUACUGAUCCAAAAGGUGGAUUACGUGAUAGUGUUCGCGGUCUGAUUUCGUCAUGAAUGGCCUACUGUUCGCCCUGGCCAGCGUUCUGCUGGUAGCGGCUUCGGUUUGGGCAUCUCCGGUCGAAACGAGUGGACAACAGCAGCUUGGCGCCAAGGAAUGCACAUGGGGUCCAAGCUACUGGUGCUCUAAUUUGAAAAACGCAAAAGGCUGCAAUGCGGUCUCCCAUUGCAUCCAAACCGUAUGGGAGAAGCAAACGUACCCGGUAGACAACGAUGAGAUCUGCAACAUUUGUCUGGAUAUGGUUAAGCAGGCCCGCGACCAGCUGGAGAGCAACGAAACCCAAGCCGACCUGAAGGCAGUUUUUGAGGGAUCGUGCAAUCUGAUCCCGAUCAAAGUUGUCAAGAAGGAGUGCAAACGGCUGGCGGAUGACUUUAUUCCGGAACUGGUGGAAGCGCUAGCGUCGCAGAUGAACCCGAACGUGGUUUGCAGCGUUGCCGGCUUGUGCAACAAUGCAGCGAUCGAUAAAAUGCUCGAGGAAAUGCCGGCUGUUAAGCCGAUGGACGAAGAUGAUGUAGAUGUGCAGCCGGAACUGGUGACCGACGCAAGUGAACAGGAAUUCAGCUGCAACAAGUGCAACAACAUUGCAGAGUUGAUUUCGAACCGUUUCCAUUCGAGUGAUCGUGACCAAGUUUUGGAGGGUUUCCUACGAUUCUGUGGCCAAAUGGGAUCGUUUUCCGAUGGCUGUUCCAGCAUUGUGCUCUCCUACUUUGCUGAUAUCUACGAUCAUAUGACUAAGCAAUUGAACGCGAAGAAUAUCUGCCACAUGUCAGGAGCAUGCGCUGAUCAGUACCACCAACAUGAAGAAAGUGAAAACAUCGAAGUUCGUCCGAUGGGUGGCGUCGGAGUUAUCAAAGUCGACGGUGGUGAUGACAUUCCGUGCAAGCUGUGUGAACAGUUGGUUGACCACCUGCGAGAUGUUUUGAUCGCUAAUACCACCGAACUGGAAUUCAAACAAGUUUUGGAGGGUCUCUGCAAGCAGACUAAGUCGUUCAGCAAGGAAUGUCUUAGCUUGGUAGAUCAGUAUUAUGAAGAAAUCUAUAACACACUCGUCCAUAACCUCAAUAGUAAUGAUGCCUGCUUCAUGAUCGGUGUUUGUCCGAAAGGUUUGGGGGCUGCUUCAACAGGUCCAAUCAUGCCCAUUGUUCCGAUAAAGGUAGCUAUAAUGCAUGACCAAUCUGUUGCUGAACAGAAAGAUGCUCCCAAAAAGUUAUUGGGCGAUGAUGAACCCAAGCUGUCUGCUGUUGAAGUACAGCAAGCCCAACUUCCCAUCGACCGUUUGAUGGGCGCACCCCUAUCCUUGCAAUUGGUUGAAAAUGGUCGCUUUUGCACUAUUUGUGAAUACUUCAUGCAUUUUGUACAGGAAGCGCUGAGUGAACCAGCAAACGAAGACGAAAUCAAACGAGUUGUUUCUUCAUCCUGCGAUCAUUUGCCAAAGGCUAUGAGCGGCGAAUGUCGUACAUUCAUUGAUAUGUACGGCGAUGCAGUUAUCGCGUUGUUGAUUCAAUCCAUUGACCCGCGCGAAGUGUGCCCACAGUUGCGCAUGUGCCCGGCGGCUAACGAAGACAUCGAAAUUUUCUCACCGGCAGAGAUUGACGUUACAAUCGACGCCAACGCCGGUAAGGACAAGCCUACAUGUCCACUGUGCUUGUUCGCCGUGACUCAGCUAGAAGAAAGCAUAAAAAAUGGUCGCACCAAGGAAAACAUCAAACAAGCGUUGAGUAAACUCUGCUCGCACCUCUCCCCGAAGCUGAAGUUAGAGUGCACCGAUUUUGUGGAUACCUAUUCGUCGGAACUUGUAGAAAUGCUUGUUUCCGAUUUUACUCCCCAAGAAAUUUGCGUAUACCUGAAGCUCUGUGUUGACCAACGACCAGAUUUGAGCCUUCUUAACAUGGAAUUCGAACGAGAAAAUCGACACCAGCUAAAGCAUUUCGAUGUUGAAACCAAUGAAAUUCCAGAUAUCACUGUUAACGGUCAGAUUACCGUGGAUCACCAGUCCGGUGUCUCUACGCCAGAAUGUUUAGUAUGCGAGGAGAUGGUCAAAGAGGUUGAGAAACGCGUCAAAAACAAGAAGAAUAAGGAACAAAUUAAAGAAGCACUUGAACAUGCUUGCGAUCGUUUGCGCAAAUAUAAAACGAAAUGCGAACGUUACGUUGAACAGCACAGUGACCAAAUUGUUGAUUUGCUGAUGAGACAAUUGACACCGAAGGAGAUUUGCCGCACACUGGGUUUCUGUAUUGCGAAGGAAAUUGAUGAACUGGAAGUCGAUGAAGCCCUUCUAGACUACGUUGUGGAGCCGGUAGUUGCAGAACCACCGAAGGAACUUUUGUCUCCCAUCGAGGUUAAGGACAAUCAGCCUCCGCAGUGUGCCAUCUGUGAGUUUGUAAUGGUCAAACUAGAGUCGGAACUUGCCGACAAGAAAACCGAACAGGACAUUGAGAAUGCAGUUCGGUCGAUUUGCUCAAAACUUCCGAAUACGGUAACCAAACAAUGCGACCAUUUGAUCGACCAGUACGGACAGUUUAUAAUCAAAUUUUUGGCUACCGUACCGCCGAAAGAAAUAUGCACUCGAUUGGCAUUGUGUCAGAAGCAAUUGCAGCUACUAGAAGACAGCAGCCUGGAAAUAAUUGAGUGUGCCGUCUGCCAAGGUGCUGUCGAAGCGGUUGACAAAAUAAUCGCCAACGAGAAGAUUGACCAUGACAUUGUGCAGGAUGUAGAAAAGAUUUGCAAUACCGUGCCAGCCAAGUUCUACGAAAAGUGCGAAAAGAUGAUCGCAGUGUACGGCAUUAGUAUGGUGCGCCAGCUGCAAAACUACGUCGAGAAAGAGCAGGUCUGCGUUAAUAUGGGUAUGUGCAGCAGCCCCACCGACUUCGUGCGUUUUGAAGAUGAGGUCGAAAAGAAAGACCGCGUCGAGAAGAAACAGGCAUAUUUGGUGGGCAAGCAGGAAUGUACCUGGGGACCGCAGCACUGGUGUGCUAGUGAAGAGAAUGCUCAGAAGUGUAAUGCCAGCAAGUUUUGUUCAGAAAAGAAACUUGGUAAGUGGCAGCAGUAAUUCCAAAAGUAACGAAAAAGGGAGCGGUGACCGUUCGUAGGCGAACAGUAGCUUUGAAUAAUGUAAACGAUACCAAGAAGUGCUAUAGUAGAUCGAUUUAGGAUGUCAUGAAGGAAUAUCUUUCUUUUUUACCCGAUUCGUUUUGCGUUUUAUUAAUAACAUUACCAAUAUAGGAAAACACCGAGAGGUCAGUUUUUAUCUGGUGAUGAAUCUUUAGGAUUUAAUCAUAUUUGUCAGCGAAAAGGGGUAAGUAUUGAACGUUAUUCGAGAGAAAAAAACAACAAGAUAGCCCUCAUCGCCGACUCAAAAAUUAGGCUGUUGAUAUCGGUUAAUUCACAUUUACCUGUAUAAAUAUGUUGUAAAAAAAAGAAAACGAGUGAAUUUUAAUAAAAAUAAAUUUAUAUUGA